GAAGGUGGACACUUGGAUAUGGUGCAGAGUGCAGUUCACCUCUCCUGCUCAGAAGGAUUUACAGAACUGGGCUACUAUAACGGCUCCGUUUCCCACACGGACUCAGGCUCUGCCUGCCUGAAGUGGACAGACUUCCCAGACUACGUGCGGCAGUACCCGAGCCGAGGCCUGGGGGACCACCGCUUCUGCCGAAACCCAGACCGAGAGGCCAACCCCUGGUGCUUCAUCAGGCAGAGCUCCGGUGCCUUCGGCUGGGCCUACUGCGACUGCCAUCAGGGUGCAGCCAGGUUGGCAGGGGGGUCAUCAGACAACAGUGGGCGUCUGGAGGUCUAUCUGAAUGGCCAGUGGGGGGCAGUAUGUGACACACACUGGACCGACCGGGAUGCCAGCGUCAUAUGCAGACAGCUCGGACUGGGUGAGAUCGGCACAGCCCUGCAGCAUUCGUACUUCGGCCCGGGUUCUGUCUUCCACUACGAGCGUCUGGGUUGCAGAGGAAAUGAGAACUCCCUCCUGGAGUGCCGGAGCAGGAAGUUUGUCACCAGCGACUGUAGCCACGGCAACGAGGCAGGGGUGGUUUGCGCUGAACCUGAAGGCACCGGCAUCCCUCUGAGGCUGGUGGGAGGCCUGGAGGACUUUGAGGGCCGCGUCGAGGUGUACCGCGAUGGCAAGUGGGGAACCAUUUGUGACGAUCGGUGGGAUGACACUGAUGCUGAGGUGGUGUGCCGACAGCUGGGCCUGGGGGGCGUGGCCAAGGCGUGGAAAUGGGCCCACUUCGGCCAGGGUGUUGGUCCCAUCUUCCUGGAUGGGGUUCAGUGUUCAGGCAAUGAACUCUCUCUGGAGGAGUGUCCUCAUAACAUCUGGGACCAACACAACUGUGACCACAUAGAGGACGCAGGGGUGUCCUGCAACCCAUACACAGACGGUGAGGUUCGUCUGAUGGGAGCAGACAGCCACUGGGAGGGUCGUGUGGAGGUUUACCACCAGGGAGAAUGGGGCACCGUGUGUGACGACAACUGGACCGAGCUCAACGCCCAGGUAGUGUGUAGACAGCUGGGCUUCAGGGGUCGGGCUAAGGUGGCUCCGGACGGAGUGCACGAAGAAGGCCGAGGCCUGAUCCUGCUGGACGAGGUCCAGUGUCGGGGAACAGAGGCCAGUUUACUGGCCUGCAGCCACUCUGAGUUGGGAAAACACGACUGCUCCCACAGUGAGGAUGUCAGUGUCCUCUGUGAGAGGGGGGGCGAUACCAACCAGGUACCAGGCCUUCUGACUCCUCUUGGCCCUCUGGUGCGUUUGGUUGCUGGAGAGAGCAGGAAGGAGGGCAGAGUAGAAAUCUUCAUGGACGGCCAGUGGGGCAGCGUGUGUGAUGAUGACUGGAAUGAUGUCAAUGCAGCCGUGGUUUGCAGACAGCUGGGAUUCACCGGCGUGGCUAAAGCUCGAUCGAUGGCGUACUUUGGUGAAGGCCAAGGUCCCAUCCAUCUGGACAACGUCCGAUGCUCGGGCACUGAGAAGUCCCUCGGCCAGUGUGCCGCCGUGGGUCAAGACGGUCAGGACUGUCGCCACAGCGAGGAUGCAGGCGUCAUCUGUGACUACACUCUGGAUCCUGUGGGAGAUGCUGCCGCGGCAAUGCAGACCUGUGGCGUGAGACUCAAUAACCAGCGCCGCCGACGCCGCAUCAUAGGCGGAGACAAGUCCCUGAGGGGUGAGUGGCCCUGGCAGGUGUCUCUGUGGCUCCGGUCUCAGUCUAAAGGAAGUCAUCCUCUGUGUGGAGCCUCUCUCAUCAACCCUUGCUGGGUUGUGACCGCCGCCCACUGCUUUAAGAGAUUCGGCAGAGACCCGACCCGCUACGUGCUGCGCCUGGGCGACUACCACACCGAGGAGCAGGACGACUUUGAACGCACCCUGUCACCCGAACGCAUCGUCAUCCACAGGAAGUACCACAGUCAGGGCUGGGACCAUGACAUCGCCCUGCUGCGGCUCAAAGGCACAGAGGGCAACUGCGUGGCGUUCAACCCUCACACUGGCGCCGUGUGUCUGCCGGUGCUGGGUAACAAGUGGGCGAAGAGGCCGGCUGCCUGUGUGAUCACCGGCUGGGGCAUCACAGAGUCGGAGUACUCCCGGACGCUGCUCCAGGCCUGGGUGCCCCUGCUGCCCGCCUGGAGGUGUAAGAGGCGCUACAGCGACCGCUUCACCAGCCGCAUGCUGUGUGCCGGGAGCCUGUCUGAGCGCCACCGCGUGGACAGUUGCCAGGGCGACAGCGGGGGCCCGCUGGUUUGCCAGGGGGAAGGGGGUCGCUGGGUGCUGACAGGAGUCAUCUCCUGGGGUCACGGCUGCGGUGACCCCGCAUUCCCAGGCGUGUACACGCGUGUGAGCAGGUUCCUGCGGUGGAUCGACAAGGUCAUCAACAAACCCUACAAAACCUGAACGGGGAGAAGAACAGCGCUCAGAAAUGUUCACUGACAUGCAGCUCAGAGCCACAGGUAGCAGCACCAUAUGUAUCAUUGUUGGAGUGUAAUUUAUAUAUUAAUUUAUUUAAAUUAUUCAGCGUAAAACCAAGAUGCAACAAAAAUAUGGGUGCUUGUUUAUUGCAUGUCACAGAAACGCUCCACUAUGCUUCAAAUAGCUUGUUUUGAAAAGAAUAAUUCCAAGUGCACGAAAUGAACUAAAAAAAACAAAUUAAUUUCAAUAACAAACUAUACAUUUACACAUUUGUCAAAGGACACCUGCAGUAAAAAUACCAGCCUGGUCUCCUAAAACACUCCCAUCCAACUGGAUGGAGGCCGUCAGGCUAAAGGGGGCCGGGCUGGCCAGGGCUCCGGGACCAGCAGACGGCCCCGGGGGGCCAGGAGGGCCACAGCUGACAUGUUGAAUCAAAGUUCACGUAGAGAGGAGGUUGGGUCAAAUACAGUAAUUAAUAUUCAUAUCCUGUGUGAAACACAUUUUAAGCCAAACCGUGAUAUUUACCAAACUUUAAUUGCCUAAACUUAAACGUGAAAAAGCACCACGAGUGUCACGUUGAUUUACACCGAUGUAGAAUUGUUGAUAUGAAACAUUGAUCAGAUGUAGAAAUAUUUAAUGAAACAUUAAGACCCUCUUGCAACAGAGCUCAGUCCACACUGACGUCUGUUGUGCCGAGUGUUAAAUGUGUUUCCAAUUGUACCCGCUGUAAUACCAUGGCUGGCCACUAGGUUAAUUCAGGGUCGUUGCUUCGUGGACUCCGACACUAAGCUCUUCAGUCCAUUGGUUUCCUUUUCCACAUCAAUUCAAAAAGCAUGUUUAUGCCACUGUUGAGGAUUGAAUGUACAGAUUGGACUUGUACCCACAUGGCUGGACCACACAGGUCCCUGUGGGUCCAGAGUUUUGGACCUGAUCCAAAGCGGACCAGUGGAAAAACCUGCUUGAACCCAACAUGCAUAAAUACUUAUUGAUUUAUUGACUGGUACUAUUCCGGAUAGAGCAGAGAACCGGUCCACACAGGGUUGAUGGAAAAGAGAAAGACAUAGUGACACGCAGGCCCAAGACCUGUGGCAGUCCAACGUGGGUCUGGGUACUGAACCAAGUACCAUGGGUCCACAUGGCACAGUAAAGUAUUGCUCAAGUUGAGUGACAUUGCACUAAAAUGCACGCCUUCCCUUCAAACAGGGUCACCUGUAAAAUCACAAACUCCCCUCAGAGGGCUUCACAAUCUGUGCACAUCCCUGACCUUUGACCUCACAUCGGAUCAGGAAAAACUCCUCAAAAAAACCUUUCACAGAAAGAAAAGGGAAGAAACCUUCAGGAGAGCAACGAAGAAAUGACACAUGAUAUAAGAGCACUGAAUAUGUACAUUUAGACAUUUAAUUUGGUGUAUUCAUUCAUAAAGUGUGCAUCUCUGAACUAAAACCAAAGGUCAAACCAUUAUUCAUAAUAUUCUAACUAUUAAUUACAUCAGAAUGUACUGGUUUGCUCAGUAAGUAACCACAGGUCUGUGAUUAGGUGUAAUAAAAAGUCCAUUAAUAGUCUGUCCGCACAUAAACCAAUCAGACAUUUAAUUUACGGCGAGUAUGUGUGGGGAUAUGGAAAUGUGUAUAUUAGCAACUGAUAUGAUGAGAGGGGCGUGUGUCAGAGGAACAUUGAAAGCAGGUGAUAUGUUGGUUAUGUGGGAGAUAAUCUUAAAUGAAUGUGCCUGUAGUUUGGGUACAUGGUCUACUUGUGUCUGCAA